GUGAUGAACAACUUAUAUGAUGGCCUUAGGGAAGUCCUGCUUGCUCUUCUGAAAAAUACAGAUACCCGAGAAUGUGUUCUUGAGUAUCUUGCAGAGUUGAUCAAGAGGAAUGCAUCGAGGUCUCAUAUACAGGUGGAUCCACUAUCUUGUGCAAGUUCUGGCAUGUUUUUCAAUUUUAGUGCAGUCAUGCUUCAGCUGUGUGAGCCCUUUCUUGAUGCAAAUCUAACAAAAAGAGACAAAAUUGACCCAAAGUAUGUGUUUUAUAAUAGCCGGUUGGAUUUAAGAGGGUUGACAGCUCUCCAUGCAUCAUCCGAGGAGGUUGCAGCAUGGAUUGGCAAAGAUAAUUGUGAGAAAAUUGAUGGACUUAGUCAUAGAAGUGAUGAAGAGAAUCGAUUAUUACAGUCUCAAGAAGCUACAAGCUCUGGCAAUAGUACAAGUUCUGUUCUUUCUAAAGCCAAGCCACUUUCUAGUUGUGGUGUAAAGAAUAAGUACCCAUUUAUUUGUGAAUGUUUCUUCAUGACUGCACGGGUGCUCAAUUUGGGGCUUCUGAAAGCAUUUUCAGACUUCAAUCAUCUAGAUCAGGUAAGGAUACAGGCUAUGAACAAAUGAAAAAAAGGUUAGGUGCUUUUUAGGGAUGAUUCUCCAUUUUCUAAGAUUAAAUAUUACCAGUUAUAGUGUUCAUGACUUGGAAAAACUCAGCCAAGUUUACUCGAAUUGACUCAAUUCGACAGACUUUCCAGUGAGGU